AUGCCAGAGAUAAAAUACAAGCAGCUAAAUAGCAGCUUGGUUAACCUACCAUCUUCAAUCUACUCGCAAUUAGUCACAAAGGGGAUCCGACCACAAUCACUCGCUGUCAUUGUUAGAUAUGCCGAUAAAGAAUUCUACUUAGGUUGGACAGGUAUGGCAUCAGCUAUAGCUACACUUGCUAUAGAAGAUUACCUGGAGAUAGAUCCUUUAGUAGCAAAUGCAUACGGUUUAAACGAAGGCUCAAAUGUCACAAUAUCUCUCCAUUCUUCCCUUCCGACCGCUAAAACAGUAAGCGUAGUUCCAGAUACAGCCGAUGAUUGGGAAUUGCUGGAGGCGCACGCCGAAUAUGUCGAGGAGAACCUCCUAUCGCAAGUCAGAAUGACAUCAACAACUCAGCCAAUGGUCGUUUACCUUCCUUCCUCCUCUUUUUUGACUUUUAGGGUAGAGGCUACAGAUCCGGUGACGUCGUCAUCCUACAAUGGCACACCGGCAGUGCGUUUAGAUAGAGAUACAGAAGUCGCUUUUGCACCAAAGCUGCGUAGACCUCCUAGUAGCUCACAGUCGACGGUCCGGCCGACACAGACUCCAUUAGAGCAGGACGACAGUUCUGUCCAGCAACUCGUUCGAUUGCUCCCUGCGAGAGUUAUUCCAAGUACGGAAGCUGGAGUUUGUUAUGUUUCAUCUUCGUUUCUCCAGAAAAUUGGCAUUGGCCGUAAGACAACGUUCCAACUCACGCGUAUAAAGUCGCCCAUUACGCGCCAUAAUGAGAUAAAGGAGAAAGGGAAGGCCGAUGAUAAUGGUCUAUCACUGGGCGGUAUGAGCAACUCACUCAAAAAUGCUACAAGUAAACCAUACGAUGAGACAGACCAAUCUCUUGUCUUAAGCGUCGUCCCCGAUGAUGACAUUCUUGAUGGACAUAUAGCCAUACCUUUAGGUUCUCACCAGCGACUCCAAUGGAAAGAAUACGAGCUGUUAUCUAUCCAGAUAUCCCAGUCGCAAGUUCAAUACCAUGAAUAUGAUAUCCUCAAACCAUUGUUCAACACAUCAGAUGAUAAAAUCUUACCAGGUCAAGGAGAUUUGUUGCAAAAUGCAAGCGAAUUUUUGAUAAGUUCUUUGGGAAUGUCCUUGUCGAAAUUGAGUACGAGUAGGCCAACCGAUAGGUCGUUAGGGUUGCUAAUCAGUGGUGGUUUCAGCUCAGGUAAAACAAGUCUAGUGAAAUCGCUCGCUCAUCAUUUGGGUCAAGAUAGCAGAAUAUUAGCAAACAGUGUCUACGAAGAUGUAAGCGGGUGGUCUCAAGAGAAAGUAUCCACUAUAAGUGAUAAAUUGUGUCUUUUGAUAGAAGAGGCAAACUUGAAAGCGCCAUCACUGAUUAUUUUAGACAAUUUGGACAUCCUAUUAGCUACAGAAGAUGAACAAAACAGUAAUCAGUCGAGCAGAGCCCGUACACUCUCCGAGAUAUUCGUCAGAUUAUUUAGCCCGGGAAGCUGCAAUCUUCCGCAGGGUGUUGUACUGGUUGGAGUAGCCAGUAACAGUCUGCAUGCCUCAAUAGGCGCAUCUCAUGUAUUUGGACGUGAAGUUAAAGUAGGCUCGCCAAAUAAACACAUUCGAAAAGAGAUCCUCGAGAUGAUAUUGGAAAGCUACACGUCGGUUGAUUCGUCAGAUGUGAACACUGCAUUAGUAGCAAGCGAGACAGAGGGAUACCUACCUACAGAUCUUGUUAGUAUCGUCGAAAGGGCACUUCACCAUGCAUCACUAGCGCACAAGCAUUCUGAAGAGAUACUAACAAUGCGUACAUCCCAUCUCGAGCGGAGUCUCGAGGGAUACAGACCGCAUACACUCCGGAAUGUUAGCUUGCAAAGUAGCUCGGUAGGAUGGAAAGACAUAGGCGGUAUGCGCUAUGUGAAAGGCGUUAUCAGAGAAACACUAGAAUGGCCAACUAAAUAUGCCGCUAUAUUUAAGAAUUGUCCAUUACGCUUGCGUUCCGGUUUGCUACUCUAUGGCUUUCCGGGAUGUGGUAAAACGCUAAUUGCUAGCGCGGUAGCCAAGGAGUGUAAUCUCAACUUCAUCUCUGUCAAAGGACCUGAAUUGCUGAACAAAUAUAUCGGCCAAUCGGAAGCCACAACUAGACACUACUUUGAGCGUGCUCAGGCUGCUAAACCAUGUGUAUUAUUUUUUGACGAGUUCGAGUCAAUUGCGCCAAGGAGAGGACAUGAUUCGACAGGUGUGACUGAUCGUGUUGUCAAUCAGUUCCUCACACAGAUGGAUGGUGCUGAGGGUCUUGAUGGAGUUUAUGUACUUGCUGCAACAAGUCGACCAGACCUUAUAGACCCUGCUUUACUCCGUCCGGGAAGAUUAGACAAAUCCUUGCUCUGCGAUAUGCCCGACACGAUCGAUAGGUUGGAUAUCCUGAAAACAUUAACAAAAGAUAUGGAUGUUGAUUCGGAUGUCGAUCUUCAAGAGAUCGCGUCAAAGUGUGUCGAUUACACUGGUGCAGAUUUACAAGCAUUGAUUUAUAAUGCCCAUCUGGAGAGUGUGCAUGCCGCGAUUGCGACUGACGAAAAGACAGUGAGUUCCGAAGAAGAAAGCCAAACGCCUCCUCGCGAAUGGUCAAUAUCUAGCAAGAGUCCAAUGACGCGAUCAGAAGAAGCUGAACUUGGCCGGCGCGUCGAGAAGCUAUUUAGCUCGACGAAGAAGCAUGCGAAAGAGACUUCAAAGGGAGAGAAGCGACAAGAGAAUACCUCACGAGCAAGGAUUACUGCUGAGAAUAUACACAAAUCGCUUAAAAAUACGCCUCCAUCGGUGUCCCAAGACGAAUUGCGUCGUUUAGAUAAAUUUUAUCACUCAUUUACCUCUGGUCGUCCAAGUGAUUAUAAGGGUGGUAACGAGGGUACAGUUGUAGGCAGCAGGAGUAGUUUAGCUUAGAAUAAAUGUGUUUUUAUUUUUGUUAAACAACCUUAUCAUUUUUGUAAUUAGCUUUGUUCGACCACCAUCAUUGCGAUAUGACAGAAAAG